AUGCUGAGCACAGAAAGUUUCGUGGGGGCGAGAGCCCUGGGUGAGGAAUCGCUGCAGAUGUGGGACCUCAACAAGCGGCUGGAGGCGUACCUGGCCCGCGUGAAGUUCCUGGAGGAGGAAAACGAGGUGCUGCGAGCCGAAAUCCAGAGCGCCAAGGGCAGCCCCAUCGGGGACUCGUGGCGGGGGGAAUACGAGGAGGAGCUGCGAGCCCUGCGGGAUGCACUGGAUCAUGCCUUCAGGGAGAAGUGCACGGCCGAGCUGGCCAGGGACAACCUCUACGAGGAGGUCCAGCAGGUGAAAAGCAGGUGCCAGAAGGAGCAGGCAGCCCGAGAAGAAGCCAAGAAGCAGCUGUCCUUGAGCAGGAAGGAGCUGGAGGAGGAGAGGAGAGCGCAGAUCUGGCUGAAGGAGAGAGCCGUGCAGCUGGAGAAGGAGGUGGAAGCCUUGCUGGAGGUGCACGAGGAGGAGAAAGCGGGGCUGGACCAGGAGAUCGCGAGCUUCUCGCAGAGCCUGGAGAGCUUCCGCUGCGCACCGGUGGCUUUCCAGCCGGUGGAGGUGGAGGACUACUCCAAGAGGCUCUCGGAGAUCUGGAAAGGAGCAGUGGAGACCUACAAGACGGAGGUGUCGCAGCUGGAGGCUUCCCUCUGCCAGGCCAAGGAGAACCUCUGGAAGGCGGUGGAGGACAACCAGCAGAGCCAGCUGCAGCUGCAGCACCUGGAGAAGGACCUGGCGGGGCUCAAAGCACGGAAGGAGAUGCUGGAGGAGAGCCUGGCCCGGCAGUGGCAGGAGCAGCGUGGAGAGGCAGAGAAGUUCCAGGUGGGCGAAGGCGGUGGGGAGGCGCUGGUCCCCUGGGGAGGGGGAGAGCGGGAUGCUGUGGGUGCCUUGGGGGGGACGCUGCUGGAAGCAGAAAGCACCCGCUUGCAAAUGCCAGCCGGGGAAUACAAGCUGGCCAACGGCUUGCGAGAUCUCAAGCUGGAGGUGAGCAGCGGCAACCACCGCGCCAGCCCCUCCAUCUUCCCCAGGGCGGAGGGGAGGGGGCAGCCAGCGAAAGCCCAAAGCGAUGCCCUGACACCCAAAAGCCAGAGCCCCGGCGCCAGGGAGCUCCAGAAAAUCAGCUCGGUCCUCCAUGCCACAGCACCGCAGGCUGCCGGCAUGGCCAGGGAGAUAGCACCGCAGGCUGCCGGCAUGGCCAGGGAGAUAGGUGCCCCCAGCCGCCCCACACCAAACCCCUUGCAGCCGGGCAAAUCUGCCCCUCCUCUCUCCCCGGAGCCCCCCAGCCCCGUGCCACCCCAGCCAGGGAGUCCAGGGGGAGAGGGGCCUGCCUGGCCGGGGGGAGACGGGGGUAAGAUGAGCCAAGGGAAGGAGCAUCCUGUGCCCGGAGCCGCGGCGGAGACCCACGAUGCCAGCGCCGAGCCCACGGGAACGGCGCCCGCCCACGGCUUGCGGUACCCAGCCCAGCUGGUCAGUGAGGCGCUGGAGGAUGCUCUCAAGGAAAUGAAAGACGAUGCUCAGCCCAAAGAAGAGCCCACGCUCAGCGCUGCGUGGGCCCCCCGGGACGCCCGUGCCCCCAGCCCCAUUCCCCCCAUAGAGGCUUGCAGAGGGGCUGGGGAAGGGCAAGACCCCUCCGAGGGUGCUGGGGAUGGCGAAGCCCCCAAAGCGGAGGAGAGAGCCGGGGAAGCCGUGCUGCAGGGGCUGGGUGCAGAGAGCAGCACUCUGCGGGAUGGAGCUGCGUCCCCACCGGGACCGCAUCCCUGCGGCAUGGCUGCUUCCCUAAGUGCCACGGCGAGUCAAGAAGAGAUGGGAGCGUGGGAGGAGGAGAUGCCCACUGUGCUGAGCCCAAGGGAACCAGAAGCCGUGCCCCGGGAAGAGGACACGAGUGGCCCUGGCCAGAUGGGGACCGGCCGGGAAGAGCCAGAGCAAGGGGAGGACAAGGCGGAUGCCCCAAGCACGGAGGCGUUGCACCCCUCAGAGGACGAGGAGGAGAGGGGACCCUGCAGCCCCUGCGGGGAGGACGACGAUUUCCAGGGCGAAGGGAUGGAUGCGCGAGAAGGGGAGUCCCCACAAAGGGACGUUGAAGCUGCUCAUGCUGUCCCUGUGGAAAGCCACCCGGUUUUGCCCGUGGAAAGUCACCUGGAAGAGGACCUUGUUGAUGGAGAGCAGGAAAAGUUUGAGCAUCGGGAAAUGCCCGUGUGUGAGACGGAUCUGGCUGCAGAGGAGGAAAGGGGGCAGGAGACAUGCCCGGGGCAGGAGACGUGCCCGGAGCAGGAGACGUGCCCGGAGCAGGAGACGUGCCCGGAGCAGGAGACGUGCCCGGAGCAGGAGACGUGCCCGGAGCAGGAGACGUGCCCGGAGCAGGAGACGUGCCCGGAGCAGGAGACGUGCCCGGAGCAGGAGACGUGCCCGGAGCAGGAGACGUGCCCGGAGCAGGAGACGUGCCCGGAGCAGGAGACGUGCCCGGAGCAGGAGACGUGCCCGGAGCAGGAGACGUGCCCGGAGCAGGAGACGUGCCCGGAGCAGGAGACGUGCCCGGAGCAGGAGACGUGCCCGGAGCAGGAGACGUGCCCGGAGCAGGAGACGUGCCCGGAGCAGGAGACGUGCCCGGAGCAGGAGACGUGCCCGGAGCAGGAGACGUGCCCGGAGCAGGAGACGUGCCCGGAGCAGGAGACGUGCCCGGAGCAGGAGACGUGCCCGGAGCAGGAGACGUGCCCGGAGCAGGAGCCCUCGAGCAUCCAUGAGGCCAUCCCAGCAGAAGAGGCUUCAUCGGGGGCUGAAGAAGAUGCCGUGAGAGGGGAGGACCCAGGCAGAGCAAAAGACGGUGAGGGAGAAAAGGGAGAGGCCGGUGGGGAGGCACUGGGAGGAGAAGACCCCCAGGCAGGAGAGGCUGCGGGACCUGAAACCCUGGGGCAGGAUAGCGGAGCCCGGGAGGAGCCCGGGGACCUGCAGGAGAAUGGCUUUGCGGAAGAGGUGCCGGAGCAGGAGGAGCUGGAGCCAGAGCCGGGAGAGGAGCCCUGGGGCGGGGGGGAUGAUGGCAACAGCCGAAACCGAAAGCCCCGUGCAGAGGACUGGGAGGUGACAGCAGAGGACACAGAGGGGGCUCUGGGGACAGAAGAGCCAGCCUGGGCAGAUGACACCCCGACGAGCGCAGGAGGGCUGGAAAGCGAGGGGAGUGACGGCAUGUCGCCAGCAGAGCUGGAGGAAACCCGGGAAGAUGAUGAAGAAGACGGCGAGAGCCGAGGGAUGAGCCAGCAGCAGCCACCGCUGGAGGCUGAGCCGGCCCCGGGGCUGGCGAGGGAUGAGCAGGAGGGCACCGCGGGGCAGCCUGCUUGGGCACCAGCAGAUGGCCCUGGGCGAGGGGACAGCCAGGAGCUGGCUGGGGCUCCGGAGGAGACAUGGGAGGUGCAGGAUGAGGAUGCUGAUGACGAGCUCGGCUCGGACCCGGGACAGCCGGAGAGCAGCAGCUCCGGCCCUGCGCCGCUUCAGCAGGUGCCAGGUGACGGUGCGGAGAGCAGCGAGUCGGCCGAGGAGGAGGCUGGGCGACUGGGAGAGCUGGAGCAGGCACCGGGGACGGGCAGGAGGGUGGAGCUGGAGGACACGCUGCCGGACAGCACGCCCUUGCACCUCUAUGAAGGGGAGAUGCUGGCUGUGGUCGCACCCAGCCAAAACCCUCCGGAGACUGAGGAGACCACAGAGACAGCCCCCACAUCUGAAAUAGCUCCGGAGGAUGAAGGAUGGCUGGAAGGGAGGGACAAGCCACCAACUCCCGCCAUGCCAGAGAGCCGCGAAGAGGAGGCAGGAACAGAGGUAGCCCCCGCGGCAGAGGGUGCCGAGGAGGAGGAAGGCUAUUUCAUGGUCUCUGCUCCCAACCAAGAGGUGUCCAGCUCAGAGGAAGCCGAGAUCUCCGAGGACUUUGAAGAAAUUAAAAUUGAAGCAACCGAAGCCAGCAGAGAUGAUCUGGAAGCUCCUGGAGAAGCAUCUCCGGUGCCAGAGGACGAAGGGCACUUUGAGGCGUUUGUUGGUGAAGCAGAUGAAGGCAGGAAGAUGCCCACAGAAGAACCUGAGAUGCCAAAGGAUGAGGAUGAGGAUGAGGAUGAGAAUGAGGAUGAUGCUGGGGGUUUUACUGCUGAGCUCGAGGAAGGUCCAGCCGCGCCUGAGGCAGAUCCCGGCUCCCCCAGGGCCACGGGGCCGUUAGCAGGAGACACCGACGAGCCAGCCCAGGGUGCCGUAGGCUCCGGUGUGCAUGAGGGACCAGAGCGCUUGGAGGGCUUGGCCGCCGAAUCGGUUGAGGAGCUCGACGGCACGGUGGAGCCGGAGAGCGACGCUGGCAGAGCCGGAAUGCUCCCAGGCUGCAACCUGGGGCUGGUGAUGCCGGUUUCUCCGCUGCCUGACCAAGCAGAGCAGACAUCAGAUGAGCAGCCAUCUGUGGAGGAGGAAGCACCGGAUGGUGACAGCCCUCCCCCGGCUGGGGACGAGGAGCUCCCCAAGGCCGACCCACCUCGGCCGGGCUCCGCGCCGGAGCAGGGAGGUUUUCCGGAGAUGAUUAAAGAAAACCCAGAGGCGGCCGAUCUCUCUGCAAAAGUGCUGGCGGAUGUCAUGAAAGACUCAGAUAUUUUGGAAAUAGUCGAGCAAGCCCUGGAGUUCAACCAGGAGCUGGUGAUGGGGGCAAGGGCGGCCGAGGGCGGGCAGCGGGAUCCUGGUGGGACCGAGCUACCCCGGGACACCGGGGAAGACUCCUCGCCUGCCUCGUCCAGCGAGGAGGAGCCGACGGUGCAGGAGGCGCCAGCGGAUGCGGCACCGGGGACGGAGGGUCUGAUUCGGGCCGAGAACGGGCUGCACCGGGAGGCCAGCCUGGAGGACCUGGCCGAAUUCACCGAGGUGCUGAACGGCAUCGCCGGUGUGCCGCUGGCACAGGAGUUCCCCACGGAGACCGCAGACCCCACUGCGGUGAUGCCACCGCAGCCCCCUGCUCCCGGAGAUGCCACCGCGGCCAAGCUGGCCGAUGCCACCCCAUGUGGCAAGCACGGCGGAGCCGACACCGUCCCCGUGCCGUCCCCUUUGGGGGAUGACGUCUUGUGCCUCGCACCCGACCAGCUGCCGGCCUGCCGGCUGAGAGCCGAGCAGGAGCCCUGGUCCUCGGGGGACGAGUGA